UUGGUGUGCAUCUUCCUUCCUAAAGUUAAGCAGGUGUAUACAAGGCGAUGAUGUGGCACCUCCUUUGGCCAUCUGUCCUCGUGGGAGUGUUUUCAACAUUUGUCCAGCAUGCCCUCUGGAAAUCCAGAAGGAAAUGAACCACUACUACGUCACCAGGGGGUCAAGUGUCCAGUUACCCUGUGCGUACACUCACACCGUGGACUCUCAGCAGUACACGGAGGUCUUGUGGAGUAUCGAAUCUGCAGACCGAGAGGAGCAACCCAUCAUUUGGUUUACUGGCGGCCGCUUGUAUUCCGAUUUGUACAAACCAAUGGAGGGGAGGGUCCACUUCACAUCAGCCGAUCCCCGAAAUGGAGACGCAUCUCUCACCAUCAAAGAUGUACGUCUGUCAGACAAGGAGAUGUACCUAUGUCUGGUGAAGAAGUUACCAGAACUGGACAAGAAGAUCUUAGACCUGACAGUCAUAGAGGCACCCAGUCAGCCUCUGUGCAGUGUGGACGAAGAAGACAACAGUAUGACGCUGAAAUGCAGCUCUCUGCAAGGCACCCCACCUUUGCAUUACAUCUGGUCCAAGACCAGUGGAAAUCAGGUCAUGCCUACACAGGCCAUUGUCGACCUCACAGGAGCCACCAUGCAUUUCAACAUCACCGAGCGGCAGUGUGGAAGCUAUUGCUGCACGGUGGAAAGUAUGGUGGGCACCAAACACUGUGACCUUCACCUGGACUGUUCGCUGCCCCUGGCAGUGAGCAGUCCACAAUUGCUGACAACCACUGCAGUCGCUGCAAUCGUUGUCACUAUCACCACACUCUUCAUUGUCACAGUUGUCCUUGCCGUAUUCCUCUACCGCAAACGAAAAGAGCAAUCCCAGGACACUGAAAUAGAAAAAUAAUUCGAUGUUGUUCAUUUGUUAUUGUUCGA